CUCUACCCCUCUUUCCUGAAAAUUCAGAACCACAACGACAUCUUUUCAGAUAUUUAAUCGAUCUAUUUUCUCUGUUUCCUUCCCCUUCUCCAUUCUUUAUUUUUUCUCCCGCCGGCGGAUCUAUGAUAAAUAUUUGAUUACUUUUAAUUUUUGUGAAUCUUUUCUACGUAUGGGGUGGAUGUUUAUUAUUCUUUCAAUUUUGGUUGUUUGGGUAGCAUCUGUUUGGAAGAUCUUCUCCUCCCGCCCAGAACCCUCUUUUUUAAAUGAAGAUUCACCUUUACCCGCAAAGAAUGUCUUGCUGGUUGUUGCGCACCCUGAUGAUGAAUCCAUGUUCUUUUCACCAACAAUAAACUACUUGACUUCAAGAGGGCACACUGUUUUUCUAUUAUGCAUGUCUAUUGGUAAUGCAGAUGGCAUGGGAAGCAUUAGAAAAGAUGAGCUUUAUCGUGCUUGUGUAGUUCACAAGGUUCAACUUGAUCGAGUGAAGGUUCUGGACCACCCAGAUUUGCAGGAUGGUUUUGGCCGAGUCUGGAACCAUGAUUUAUUGGAAAAUAUCAUUGAAGAGGAGGUUUAUGGUCUGGUGAUUGAUGUGAUUAUUACAUUUGAUAGAUAUGGUGUUUCGGGUCAUUGCAACCAUGGUGAUGUGCAUUGUGGGGUACGCAAGUUCCUGCAUGAUUCUGCACCAGGAAAUAUUGAAGCCUGGGAACUUUUGAGUAUAAACAUAUUGCGCAAGUACAGUGGACUGUUUGACAUUUGGAUUGCAAGUUUGGAUGUCAUGCGACAUCCGAAGGGUCUCAGGUAUUGCUUGCUUAAUGAGCAUCCACGGAAGAGCUUCCUGGCAAUGUCACAACACUCAAGCCAAUGGGUUUGGUUCAGAAAACUUUUCGUGGCAUUUUCUAGUUAUACUUACAUUAACACUCUUAGAAAGAUCAAGUGAUUAUAGUGGACUUGAAGGACAAAGCUGCUUAAGAUUUGUGCCUGUUCAUAUUUGAGGUAUUUCUCUGCAGUAACUCAGGGGCUGCUACUUGUUACAUGUACCACUUUAAAUCGAUAUCAGGCAGCCUAGUUUAAGUUUUCACAGUCUAUGAUUCGAAGUGAGCAAAUUGAGAGCCCAUUGACUGGAAAAUAUAAUUCUUCCAUUGUUCAAAAUUGUAGACCCUUACACCGAA